AUGAGCUUUGCCCAGCAGAGUUACGGUCCCGAGAAGCAAUCGAAGCAUCACUACCGUAGACACUCAUCUCGUCCACACGUCCCAGUACCGCCGACUGGAGGUGGUGGCGAUGGUGGUGAUAUCCAAACCUCAGCUGUCGGUCCAGCAUCACGCGACUCGAGAACACUCAAUAAGAUUACAAUUUGUGUCUAUCGGAACAGUAAGCGACAAUUUGUGCAGAAAGACAUCUGGUUGGUCAGAGAACACCACAGGAAAGAUGGCUAUCGUGACGUUCUUGCACACAUUUCCAUAGAUGACACCUGGCGUGAGAUGGGUGAGAUUCGCAAAGAGGUCGUCUUCCGCCCAGAUGCUUCUUUCUUCAAAGCUAUACGACAUACCUACAAAACUCAAUUACGAGGCACAAUUAGACGAUUCCUGAGCUUCAAGACCGUGAGCACCGCACGAGUACUGGGGUAUGGAAACCAUCGCUUCGGACUCGCCGACAUCAACGAGAAAUUGUUCUCGCCAGUCUUCAUGAAAGUCUAUAACGACCCCGAUCAAUCCCUCCUGCGACCGAAUGACAAUCCGACAGAUCUCGAUAUCACACAUAGCGACUGGGUAAAAUGGUUCUGGAAAAAACGAUGCACAUUCGUGCUGGACAAGGAAGUCGAUCUCGCCAUCGAGCUUAUUGAAGCAUACGACCCUGUUCGCGUAAUGGGUGGUAUAGCCUUGGCAUUGUCCAUCUACUUCACACUCACUAUUGUAUGGCUCGCCAAAGGUGGUGAUCCCAGUUACGUGGCUGGUGUCAUGUCCUUUGUGCUUUCCGUACUUGCAGUUUUGGUCGGUCUUACGGGACUAUACGAUUGGCUUGAUCUAGGACAUAUGGGUGGAGGAAAGGACUUUCUCGUCCUUGGAGAAGAAGAUUUUGGGGACAUGGACAAAGAUGGUGGACCUGGGAUCUAG